AUUAAAUUCAAAAACAGAGAUGUCAAAGGUUAAUGUAAAUAUGGCGCAGUUAAAAUCAUUGUUUUACUCACAAUGAGAUAAAAACAAGUUUCUCCCAAGUGCUAAAUUCUUUGGAAUCUGUAAAGCUCUCAACAUAUGGCCAACCCUCAUUUCAUUCGACAAGGCCAAGAGUAUAAUCACGAAGGAUGAAAAAUAUUGGAAGAGCAGAGGCUCUUCCAAAUGCAAAUAGAGGAGGUUCCAGAGCCCAAUAUUUUAGCUUUAAAGAUUUCUUCCGUGCUUUCCAGAUCAUGGCUACUCCAGAUGAUAUGAAGCUUACUAAUAAAGAUAUUAUGGAAGCUAAAAUUAAAUUCUUCUCUAAACUACAAAAAUUAAUUGAUAGACAAAAUGCGAGAAGUGUUUCAAAUAACUUAGGCAACGGGAGGAUGAUGACAAUGGGCGAUGAUGCCAAGUCCAACUCGGGCUCUAAUAAUUCCUCCACUCGGAUCAAGAAAAAUCUCAACAAUAGUGUUCUGGGUAAGAAUAGGGCAUCUCUGAAGAAAUAAAUUUGAGAAAUUCCCUAACUUGAAAAGUCUCAAGAAUCCGUACAAGGAAAAUAUUAAGUUUAAAAAUCCUGCUUUUGGUCUCUACAAGAAAAACUCAAAACUAAAAUUUAACACAAGCUUGAGAAAUGCUAAAAAGAAGGCGUCUAAACGAAGAGAAAAUAACAUAAUUGAUUUAUCAAUGAACCAGCAUGAAAAUAACUCAAUAGACAGUUACAGUGAGUUCAACCUAACAACAGAGGGUUCCUUCCCACCCCUAGAGAAGACCUCUCCUAAAGGUGCUAUAAUAGUUGAAGAGGAUAAGAGGAUUGCCAGAAGUCUAGAAAGAGGAACAGAUUACAACAAAAAGCCUUCAAACUCUCAAAUUUCUAGCAAAAUGACGUUCAACAAGAGAGCUAGUGGCUCUAUCAACAACAGUAUAUCUAUCUCAGAGAACGCUAUUUCUCUACAAGGCGCGAGUAAAGCUAACAUGAGAUCAGGCAUAUUUCAGCAGAAAUAAAGAAUUCAAUUUUGAGAAAAAAAGAAAUACUAGUAAAUCUGAAGUCAAAAAGCUCAAAGGAAAUGCUAAUCUAGAGAACAAAGUCUCCAAGAGAUACAAAAAAUUUGGAGUCGUAGGGGCUAAUUUUAAGCUUAGAAGUCUGUCUAAGUCUAACAGAAAGGAUAAUGACUCAGUGAAUAGCCGUCACUCAAGAGCUAGCCGCAAGUCUAGAACUAUUUCUGCCUCCAGUAAAAAUGUAAUCAACAUGAAGGAGUACACUAAACUAAAAUUCGAAAACCAAAAGUACAAGUCCUUGCUAGGUGAAAUGGUCCGCAAAUUCAACUCUUUCAAAGAGAAAAUGAUGAAGAAUUCUGUGAAAUCAAGUGAAAGCGGCAGCAGCAGUGUCCUUGAAGUUCAAAGCAGAAAGUCUAGUACUAAGAAAAAGCACCAGGCUGAAGAAAUAGAUCAUUUUGACCUUGUUCAGUACCACAAAGAAGAUACAAGAGAAAAGAUGAUUCAAAAUUUGAGGAAGGAGAUGAGCCAGAAAGAUAAUACAAUCCUUCAGCUGAAAAAAGAACUUGAGCAACUCAAAAAGAAAAACUAAUUCUAUUAUUUAAUUCAAUUAUUGCC